AUGGAGGUCAUCCCCGGCGAGGUCAUGCCCGACGACGAGGUGGUCGAGAUCUGGGAUGAGCUGAAGACGCGGCCCUUCUCGCUGAGCUACCUCGGGGGCAACCCGCGCGCGCGGCAGGCCUUCGGGCAGCUGGAGAAGAUGGAGCUCACGAUCGAGGACGUCGCGCGCGACGGCGCGUCGGCGUUCGGCGACCUGUCGCUGCUCUUCUCCGUCCGCGUCUGCAAGCAGACGCUGUGCGGGGACGACACCGUCGACGACGAGUCCGUCGUCGUGAUCUCCCGGGCGGCCAACACGGUCCCCCCGCUCGUGCCGAAGCGAUUCUGGCUCGCGGGCGUCGCCGGUGCGAAGCCUCCGGGCCAUCCGCACAACGUCGAGCAGGCGCGCGACGCUUCGGCCGUCUGCUCGCUGUUCGUCGAGGACGUCGAGCGGCACAAAAACGGCGGCCCGCACAAGCUCGAGGACCACCUGCACCGCCACGUCGCCAAUCCCGCGGCGUCGCGCCCCUGCGAAUCUCGCGUGCGCAACGUCGAGACGUCGUUGGACUUCAUGACGCGCGCGGCGCCGUCGAACCACCAGGGCAAGGCGCAGAUCAAGUCUGAGCGGCCCCAGGGGUCGCGGGCCGAGUGCGUGCUCGUGGUUUAUUUGCUCGACCUGCUGCGGCCCCUCACGGUCGAGGAACACGAGUACUGCGUCAAGAAGGUCGACGAAAAAAAUGGUACCAAGAGAGAGAAAAACGCGGCUCGCGACGGGCGCGUCGCGAGCGGUCCGAAGGUGCUCGGCCCGAAGUCGGCGCCGGAGCGGCCCACGGUCUCCGCGGCGUCGCCGGCGUCGCCCGUGUCCGCGCGGCCGCUGCCGCGCCUGCCCACGGCGCCCGCCGCCAAGCGCGUCGGCGUGUCCGCGUUGUCGUCGACGACGGCGCUGAUGCUGGGCACGCGGCCCACGGUUUCCGCGGCGUCGCUGGCGUCGCCCAUGUCCGCGAAGCCGCUGCCGCGCCUGCUCCCGGCGCCCGUCGCCAAGCGCGACGGCGUGCCCGCGUCGUCGACGGCGCCGAAGAAGAAGAAGAUGAAGUCCACGGACAAGCCCACGGCGGCGCAGCAGGCCUUUUUCAAGGCCUUCAAGCGGCCGUCCGCGAAGCCGCCGGCGACCGCGCCCCGCCUCGACGCGCCCGGCGCGGCCGCGCCCGCGGCGGCGUCGGCGCCCGCGCCCGCGCCCGCGGCGGCGCCCGCGCCCGCGCCCACGACGCCCAUGGUCAUGGGCGACGAGCCCGACGAGCCCGACGAGCCGGCGACCGCGUCCGACGGCGCCUCGCUCUCGUCCGCCGGCCCGACGCGUCCGCCCUUCGCCCAGGUCAACGUCCUCCACCGCGUGCGCGAGGCCGCCGAGGCGCGCGCCUCGCGGCUCGAGGAGGAGGCGGAGGCCGAGCAGGCGGCGGCCGUCGAGGCGGAGGACAAGGUGCGGGCCGUGCGGCGCGGCCUCGAGCCCAAGCUCGAGCAGGAGCGCCAGCUCGAGACGCAGCAGCGCCAGCUCGAGAUGCAGCUCGCCGAGCUCAGGCUCCAGAACCGCGCCACCGAACGCGAGCUCUCGAGCCUCGAGGCCAUCGCGCGCGCCCGCCGCGACACGGUGAACCGCCGCGGCGCCGCCAAGGCGUCCUACUCCCCCGGGCAUUAA